UACAGCUCUUUAAUAAUUUAUAAAUUGUUUGUCUUUUUCCCCAAUAUAUCAACGCACUUGAUGUUGUUAAAAUAACGAAAAAUCCUCCCCUUCACAACAAAAAUUAUUUAAAAAAAGGAAGAUAAAUAUACGAAAGAGAUAACAAAUAUUAUCUCGCCAGAAGAGACACGAUAGACCUAGAAGCACAAAACUGACACUAGCGCAAAGGAGUGUCAAACACGAAAGUUGGGCGAUUUCGAGUUGGUUCGUUUUCGUCGUCGUCGUUGGUUGGAUAUUGUCGUCGUUCGCCGCGAGAAGAAUUUAACAAGAAGCAAAAAGAAAAAGAAAAAAAAAUUGGUGAAGAAGAAAAAUAUUUCAGUGGCAAAAAUCGAUAUAAAUUCUUCUUUUAUUUUCGCCGAAUCAAAGUGUUUUCCCAAAAUCAAAUCGCUUAUUUCAUUAUAAGUUAUAAAAUAUUAAGAUUGUAAGUCCUGCAAAUCCAGUCUUACAAAUUUUGUAUAUGCAAUUGAAUCUCGCAAGUGGUGUUUUCUAUUGAAAAUAAAACACUUGAAUUAGGUGUUUGAAUUUAAAUAUUCUUACAAUAAGGGAUUAAAAUAAAAACUAAACGUGAAUCUACGAGGCAAAAAAUCAUCAACAAUGGCACCUGUAAGAGGUGAUGGAAUGCGAGGACUCGCUGUCUUCAUAUCAGACAUACGGAAUUGUAAAAGUAAAGAAGCUGAAGUGAAGCGAAUAAACAAGGAACUCGCUAACAUCAGAAGCAAAUUCAAAGGAGACAAAACUCUCGAUGGCUAUCAGAAAAAGAAGUAUGUCUGUAAGCUGCUAUUUAUUUUCUUACUUGGUCAUGACAUCGAUUUUGGGCACAUGGAAGCUGUUAAUUUAUUGUCUUCGAAUAAAUACUCAGAAAAACAGAUUGGAUAUCUGUUUAUUUCGGUUCUUGUUAAUACAAACAGCGAUCUUAUACGUUUGAUUAUUCAAUCUAUAAAAAAUGAUUUACAAUCUAGAAAUCCGGUUCAUGUUAAUUUGGCAUUACAAUGCAUUGCGAAUAUCGGCAGCCGUGAUAUGGCUGAAUCGUUCUCAAAUGAAAUUCCAAAGCUAUUGGUAUCGGGGGAUACAAUGGAUGUUGUAAAGCAAUCGGCAGCACUUUGCUUAUUGCGUCUCUUUAGAUCAAGCCCUGAUAUUAUUCCAGGCGGUGAAUGGACAUCGAGAAUUAUUCACUUACUCAAUGAUCAGCAUAUGGGUGUUGUAACAGCGGCUACAUCGUUGAUCGAUGCACUUGUAAAACGAAAUCCCGAUGAAUACAAGGGAUGUGUAAAUUUGGCUGUUUCACGUUUGUCGCGUAUCGUCACUGCUAGCUACACUGAUCUCCAAGAUUACACUUAUUACUUUGUACCAGCUCCGUGGUUGUCAGUGAAGCUGUUGCGUUUAUUGCAAAAUUACAAUCCAGUGACUGAAGAACCAGGUGUUCGUGCGCGCCUAAGUGAAACACUCGAAACAAUCUUGAAUAAAGCCCAAGAACCACCAAAGAGCAAGAAGGUGCAGCAUUCUAAUGCUAAGAAUGCUGUCCUCUUCGAGGCAAUCAAUCUGAUCAUACACAGCGAUAGUGAACCGAAUUUAUUGGUGCGUGCUUGUAAUCAAUUGGGACAGUUUUUGAGCAACCGCGAAACGAAUUUGCGGUAUUUAGCAUUGGAAUCUAUGUGUCAUCUAGCAACAUCAGAGUUUUCUCAUGAAGAAGUCAAGAAACAUCAAGAAGUUGUAAUUUUAUCCAUGAAGAUGGAAAAAGAUGUAUCAGUUCGUCAACAGGCUGUAGACUUACUCUAUGCUAUGUGCGAUCGUACCAAUGCGGAAGAAAUUGUUCAAGAAAUGCUCAACUACUUGGAAACAGCUGAUUACUCAAUUCGUGAGGAGAUGGUGCUAAAAGUGGCAAUUUUGGCUGAAAAAUAUGCCACAGAUUACACAUGGUACGUUGAUGUGAUUCUUAAUCUCAUUCGUAUAGCUGGUGACUAUGUUUCUGAAGAAGUCUGGUAUCGCGUUAUUCAGAUUGUUAUUAAUCGCGAAGAAGUACAGGGAUAUGCUGCCAAAACAGUAUUCGAAGCUCUACAAGCACCAGCAUGCCACGAAAACAUGGUCAAAGUUGGUGGUUAUAUUUUGGGUGAAUUUGGUAAUUUAAUUGCCGGUGAUUCUCGCUCAGCGCCUAUAGUUCAGUUUAAACUUCUUCAUUCAAAAUAUCAUCUUUGUUCUCCGAUGACACGAGCUUUACUCCUAUCCACUUACAUUAAGUUCAUUAAUCUUUUCCCCGAGAUCCGUACCAAUAUACAAGAGGUAUUCCGUCAGCAUAGUAAUUUGCGUUCGGCUGAUGCUGAGCUCCAGCAACGCGCUAGUGAAUACCUACAAUUGAGUAUUGUUGCGUCCACCGAUGUUCUGGCCACCGUACUCGAAGAGAUGCCAUCGUUUCCCGAAAGGGAGAGUUCAAUUCUGAAUGUGCUCAAAAAGAAAAAGCCUGGUCGUGUGCCGGAGAAUGAAAUUCGAGAAUCAAAGAGCCCAGCACCAGCAUCCCUCAAUAAUGUACACGUAAAUCAUAAGGUGACCAAUAACACAAAUUCAAAUGCAGACCUCCUUGGCUUAAGUACACCUCCAUCGGCAACAACCAACAACAAUUCUACCGGUGGCACACUCAUCGAUGUUCUGGGCGAUAUCUAUGGAUCGAAUUCAACAACAAACAGUACAGCGAUCUAUAAUUCUAAGAAGUUCCUCUUCAAGAACAAUGGUGUACUUUAUGAGAACGAUUUGAUACAAAUUGGUGUCAAGAGUGAGUUUCGACAGAAUCUUGGUCGCCUUGGCUUGUUCUAUGGCAAUAAGACUCAAAUUCCAUUAACAAACUUUACACCUGUGUUGCAAUGGUCGGCUGAGAAUGCGCUCAAGCUUAACGUUCAAAUGAAACCAGUCGAACCAACACUCGAAGCUGGUGCACAGAUACAACAGCUCUUAACAGCCGAAUGCAUAGAAGACUAUAGCGAUGCGCCUACAAUCGAAGUGACAUUCCGUUAUAAUGGUGUACAACAAAAAUUUAGUGUUCAAUUGCCCCUGACUGUAAAUAAAUUCUUUGAACCAACCGAAAUGAAUGCAGAAUCUUUCUUUGCUCGAUGGAAAAAUUUAGGAGGAGAACAACAGAGGGCACAAAAAGUCUUCAAGGCACAAAUUCCUUUAGAUUUGCAAGGAGCCAGAAAUAAAUUAAUGGGCUUCGGUAUGCAAUUGCUAACAAGUGUGGAUCCAAAUCCAGAUAAUAUGGUUUGUGCGGGCAUAAUUCAUACGCAAACACAACAAGUUGGAUGUUUAUUGCGAUUAGAACCGAAUAAACAAGCGCAGAUGUUCCGAUUGACCAUUCGAGCCAGCAAGGAUACCGUUACCCGCGAAAUCUGCGAUCUUCUCGCUGACCAAUUUUAAGCUUUUCUGUUUGAUUAGAACGAAAUUUAAACUAAAAGUUUCAUAAAAUAAAAUAUAAUUAAAAUAAAAGAAAACAAAUAUAUACAAAAUUCUCUCGAACACAGCAAAAAUGCAAAGGAAACACCUUUCCCUCUACUACACACUUCUCUCUUAUUAUACAGCACUUCUCUUCAAGCCAUAUUUUCCUCUGUUCCAUGGUCACACUAAAAAAAAAAAACAAUUCCAUUUUAUUUUUUAAAAAUAAAUAUAAUCUGUUACAUUGUAACAAUAAACUUUGCAUAGGAAUUAUUAUGAUUAUUAUACUAGAUAAUACAAUUUACUAUAAAAACAAAAACAAACAAAUAUAAAUGAAGGUAUGGUAUACAUAUAAAGUAGAAAGAAGUAUAACUGAUGAAAUUAUUAAAAGUGAAACAAAUAUAGAUAUAUAUAAUAUAAAAUAAACAUAUAAAUAAAUAUAUUUAGUAAUAAUAAACGUUGUAGCAAAAAAGAAAAGAAUAUGUUAUGUUUUAUUGAUUAAAAAAAUACUAUAUUAUAAAUUAAUAUAAACAAAAAUUAUAUAAAGUAAAAAAAAACUCUCAUUCUUGUUAAACAAAAUUUCAUAUUGAUUAAAAACAAUUUAAUUAAAAACAAAAUAUUUCACUAUUAAUGUAUUAUUUCGCUCUAUUAUUACAUUGUACUGUAUUAUUCACUGCAAUAGAUUUAUAAAAACAAAACAAAAAAAAGUAAAAUAAAAGUCGUUAAACGUUACUAUUUUAAGCAAAACUUUUUGUUGUUUCUUUUAUUAUUUUAUAUAUUUCAAAGAAAAAAAAACUAAAAAUCAUGCGUUAACUAUGUUAUAAAUAUAUUUUGAAAAAAAUUAUUUAUUAAUACAUGUCGAAAGUUCAUGUAUUCACAUAAAUAUUAUAUAUAUAUACUUAUAAAACAAAUGACAUUUUAUUGAAUAGUAUUAUACAUUUAUGGACCUUUCUUCUCAACAACAAAGAACAAAAAUUAAAUUUAAAAAAAACUACAUAAAUCUAUAAACGUUAUUACAUAAUAUAACAUACGAAAAAAAUAUACAUAUUGUAAUUACAAAGUUUAUUAAUAAAAUAAAUAAAAAAAAUAAUCAAUAUUAAUUUUAGAACUUUAAAACAAAAACAAAACGUGACUACACUACACAAAAUACAACAAAAACCAGAUUAAGGUGAACUUAUAUAAAUUAAUUAAUUAAUAGAAUGAAAGUUUAUGUAAGCAUCAAAAAGCAUACAUAAUUUGCUAAAAUCUGUUUGUUGCUCACUUCGCCAAAGUGUAUUUACAGACAGACAGAAGAUGUAAUUAUUUAGAGAAAUAUAAAACAAAAAAAAAACAAUUAAAAUGAGAAUAAUAAAACCAACAAUUUACUUGAAAGCGAUUAUAAAUACAAUUUGAUUGAAAUAAAGGGAAAAAUUAUUGAAUAAUCUGUUGAAAAA